AUGAAUCAUCCUCCUCCACCGUUAAGAUCAUUUUCAACAAAUUCAUCACAGUUAUCAUUAAAUUUUAAUAAAACGUCAUCAUCAAAAGAUCAUUUAUUUUAUUCAUGUGAAAUAUUAAAACGUAAAUUAAGUAAAAUUCCCAAUUUACAACCAUUUUUAGAUCAAGCUUUUUUUCAAGCUGAACAAUUAAGCGAACAACAAGCAUUAUCAUUAGCUCAAGAGCAAAAUAAAAUUGAAAAUAAAUUUAGUGAUUUAAAUAAUGAUUUAAAUAGAUUAUCUAUACAGUCAACUAAUUCAUCAUCAUCAAAUACAUUAAAUAAAACAUCAACUUCAAGUUCGAUCGCUACAUCACAUUUAUUAACAUUCACUGCUGGUAUUUUACCUGCUAAUAUAAGUGUUGAUCCAGCAACUCAAUUAUGGAAAUUAUUUCAAAUGGGUGCUCCAUUAUGUAUAAUUUUUAAUUAUAUUUAUCAAGAUUAUCAAAUACCAAUUAUAAGUUCAGAUGAUUUAAGAAUAUGCAAGAAAUCAGUUUAUGAUUUUUUAAUAGCAGUAAAGACUUAUCUUAAAUUUGAUGAUGAAAAAAUGUUUACAAUUUCUAAUGUAUUUAAUGAUAGUUGUCAAGAUUUAAUUAAAAUAAUACAAGUUGUAAAUCGAUUAUUAAUAAAUAAAAAAGAAUUAGAAAGUGAUAGUGAAACUGAAUUAAUUGGAAAUAUUAAAAUUACAGAUGAACGAUCAAAAGUUUUUCGAGAAAUUAUUGAAACUGAAAGAAAAUAUGUAAGUGAUUUAGAUUUAUUAUUAAAUUAUAGAAAUGAAUUAAUUGAUGCGGAAAUUUUAUCAAGUGAACAAAUUGAUCAAUUAUUUCCAAACAUAAACGAAAUUAUUGAUUUUCAAAAAAGGUUUCUUAAUGCAUUAGAAUGUAAUAUUAAUGUUCCAUUUAAAUAUAGUAGAAUAGGAAGUGCUUUUAUUCAUGCUAGUUUGGGCCCUUUUAAAGCUUAUGAACCAUGGACAACUGGACAAUUAACGGCAAUUGCUUUAAUCCAAAAAGAAUUUCAGAACCUAAAAAAAUCUUCAAGUUUAAUUGAUCCUGGAUUUGAAUUACAAUCAUUUAUAUUAAAACCAAUCCAAAGAUUAUGUAAAUAUCCAUUAUUAUUAAAAGAAUUAAUAAAGACUACUUCUCAAAUUGAACAAGAUGAAAAUUAUUCAACAUUUAAUGAAUUAUUAAUUGCGAGAAAUUCAAUGAAAGAAGUUGCAAAUCAAGUAAAUGAAGCACAAAGAAGAUCUGAAAAUGUUGAAAAUUUUAAUUUAUUAGUUGGUAGAGUUAAUAAUUGGAGAGGAUUUAAUUUAAAAGAUCAAGGUGAAUUAUUAUUACAUGGGAAAGUAUUAGUUAAAGAUUCAGAGUCUGAAAAAGAAUAUAUUGCUUAUUUAUUUGAAAAAAUUAUAUUCUUUUUCAUUGAGAUAGAUAAUUUACAAAAUCAAAUAGAUUCAAAUAAGAAUAAAUUAAAAUUUUCAAGAAAGAAAUCAACAUCUUCUUCAAAUUCAAACAGUUCGACAAAUUUAAAUGAUCUUAAUAAAAUAAAUAAAACAUCUCCAUUGGAAUUAAAAGGUAGGGUAUACAUAUCUGAAAUUUAUAAUAUUUCGAGUCCUUCAUUAUUAGGAUAUACUUUAAUUAUAUCAUGGAGUGGUAAAAAGGAAUCUGGAUCAUUUACAUUAAAAUAUAGAACUGAAGAAACUAGAAAUCAAUGGGAAAAUUUAUUAAGAAAUUUAAAAACAAUUGAAAUGAAUGAAGUUAUGAAUAAAAAGGUUCGAAAUCUGAAUUCAUCAAAUGAUUCAAACAUUUAUGAUUAUACAGGGAAUGGUUCCAACAAUGGAGAUGUUAAAAAUUCCGGUUCGAGACAUCAUUCAUCUUCUUCAACUUUAAGUAUGAUGAAAAAUGUAACUAGAGUUAAAUCUGGUGAUUUAUCAUCAACUUCAAGAUUAUCAUCUUCAUCAUCAAGUACUACUCCAUCAAGUUCAAAUAAUAUAAUACCACCGUCACAAUUUGAGAUCACGGUUAAAAUAAUAUAUAAUUCAAUAGAACUCAAAGAUGAAUUAAUUGUGUUUUCAUUAAUACAAUUUAAUGAAUUAUAUUCAAAAAUAAGUAAUAAAAUUGUCAAUAGCAAUUUAAUAACCGAUGAUAUUUUGAUUAAUAAACUAAGGUAUAAAGAUGAAGAUGGGGAUUUUGUUGUAAUGGAUUCAAAUGAUGAUUGGAAUUUAGCUAUUGAUAUGUUACAAGAAUUAAAUUUGAAAGAAUUAACACUUUGGAUAUCAUAG